CAGCACCAAACGCAAUGUUUUGAUCCUUCUAGCUACGCAACGUUAGCCUACAGAGGACAUCUCUGCCUGCUGAAACGUCCAUCAAACCUUCUAGCUUUAUCAUACAUGUCUCAUGUGGUAACAGCGACUAGAUUAAUCCACACACCUGACUUACCAGCUAACGUUACCUUUAGAAAUCACGACGUUACAUUUACUGAAUAACCUACGCUUUAGUUAGCAAGCUAGCAUCAGCAUCAUCAGUAGUGUGGACUAUGGCGACAGUUGACAGCUUUCAGUUUUUGUAUAGAGAAGUUUCUCGGUCGUGCAGUCCUUACUUUGAGACCCUGGCCCUGGUGGGUGCUCUGUACACGGCCAGAAGGGUGCUACUCCUGCUGAGAGACUGCUGCGCGUUGCUCAGAGUGCAUUUCCUGCCAAGAGUUAUCCCGAGUAAGAAGCUGAGCCAAAGAUUUGGUGACUGGGCUGUGGUUUAUGGUGCAGCCGAGCCUGUGGCCAGGGCCUACGCAGAGGAGCUGGCCAGACACGGGAUCAGCAUUAUCUUUGUCACAAAGGACCACACCUCUGUCAGAGACACCGCUGCAUCCCUCUCCCAGAGCUACGGCGUGGAAACGGUCGUCAUCCUGGCGGACUUCUCUUUGGACCCGGCAGCCAGCAAGUCCAUCGAAGAAGCCAUGAGGGGUAAAGACAUCGGCUUCCUGGUGAACUGUGUGGAGUCGUCGUCGUCUGCCCCUCAGAGCCUGAUUGACAUGCCGGAGCAGGCUCUGUUGGAGUUUGUGAGGAAGAACGUUGCGGUCGCUACUCUGAUGACCCGGUUGGUGCUGCCGGGGAUGCUGGAGCGCGGCAGAGGAGCUGUGGUCAAUAUAUCAUCGGGGGCGUGCUCCAGACCCCUACCUGGAAGAGUGACCCUCACCGCGUCCACUGGCUACCUGGAUCAUUUCUCAAGAGCUCUUCAUCUUGAGUACGGUGGCAAAGGGAUCUUCGUCCAAAGUCUGAUUCCUUUCCAGAUAGCCUCAAGCGAGCAACAAGCAGCAUCAUCAUCAUCGACACCAUUAUCGAGGCAGGGUUGGUUCGUACCAAAGCCGGAGGUCUACGCCCGCCAUGCCGUCUCCACCCUGGGAGUCUCUAACCGGACCACUGGCUACUGGCCUCACACUCUGCAGUACGGACUGAUCCGAUGUAUUCCAGAGUGGAUCUGGGUCCUGGGCUCACGGGUGCUGAUCAGUUCAAGCUAAGAGCUCACCUGUCCACCCUUCUCUAAAGACUUAACCCCGUUACUGGAGUCACGGGGAGUUUUAGUUUCUUCUGCCGUUGGUUUAAAUUUGGUAAACUCUCAGGAUCUGUUGAGGUUUGUAGUUAAGAGAUCGUCUUCUAUUGAUUUGGUAUUAAUUUCAAGGGAGGCUGCAGUGGAAUUUGCCUGAAAUAAUGAAUAAAUAUACAUAUAUUACUCCUGUACUAUUUACUAUUGGUCUGACCAAUCUGUAAUGUCCUAAAUUAACUACAGAAACAGACAACCUAAUGAUACAUGUUGCAAACUGAGUUUGAGUUAGUAUUGUAAACUCCUUGAUUAGCAUUGGAGCGUAAUGAUCUUACAUUUAUUUAUCAUUGGUUUGGCGCCUGGACUUUUUAUAACAUGAGCCUCCGUGUAGUUUUAACCAUAGGAAUCAAACAAUGAAUCCAUUUUAUUCCUAUGGCUGCCAACAUGAAUCAUAACGGCAUGGUUCAUUAAAUAUAAAACUGAAUGCACAACAACUUUAUUUUUGUUAUUUAUUUUAAAAAGUUGCACACUUAAAUAAUUCUGUUUUGCAAAACAGCUCAGUAGAGAAGGGCAGGUGAGAUCAAACGCCUCACCUCAAAUGUUACAUAUAAAAAA